AUGGACCUCCCGGAUAUUCGACACCAUUUGGCCCAAUUCCUCGACAAGUCUCAGCUCGCUUCCGCUGCUAGCGUCUGCAAGAGCUGGAACGCCUCGUUCGCACCUUUCUUAUUCUCAAAGAUCGAAUUGUCUGAAGAUGAGUGGGCGCCCGACUACUCGGCUCUGGAGACUCACGGGAAAUAUGUUCGAACACUUUUCAUAUCAGAAAGUCAAAGGAUUUAUCCCUACGAGCUGUGUGGGAACCUUCACACUCUGCGCGCUGAAUUUCGGAUCUUCGGUUCGGACGAUUACGAUGAUCUGGCGAUUAUUAUCCGCAAAAACCCAGGUCUUACCAACGUGACAGUGCGCUUGAAUAGCGGCGAACCAUCAUACGGCUUCAUGUCGGCGGUGCACUCUUGUCAGAAGCUGAGGGUGCUCAAUCUCAUGUUUAUCAAGCUACCCGAUAAACGUAGCAUGAGCCUCUUGCUGGACACAGCCGUUCGUCUGGAGCAAUUGAUCAUUUACGGAGGCGACACUACCGACCCUCACUCACUGGACAGGUGGCCCGAAUUCCCUGAGAUGCAAGUAUUAGACCUCAACCUCGAUGAAAGCCUAUCACAGAAUCACCAACUCGAGAUCAUCCAAAGUUGCCCCCGGUUGACCGCGUUCUCUUUUGAGGACUCCCUAUUCAGCCAUGAGGCCUUCCAAUCUCUCGCUCGCCAUUUUCCGCAGUUGACUUCUGUUAACCUCCAAUGGUGCCUUCAAGUGACUAGCGCGAUCUCUCAUAAGAUCUUGACCUCUUGUCCAGAAUUGAUUGAGUUUCGCGCGGACUUUCUGGACGCCCGAGACAUCCUGGGUCUUCGUGCUGAGGACGACGACACUGCUGUCGAGGAACGAAAGUGUAAUUCUAAGGACUGGAUUUACCUGAAGCUGCGGAUUUUGGACAUCUAUAUUUGCGGACUGCAAGGCAAACCGAUCGAGUGGCAUCGGCAGGUGUUCAGGCAGCUUUCACGGUUGAAGGAACUAAGAACCUUGGAGAUUUUUCCGCGAAACUUCAACCGGGGGAAUUCCCAGGAUGGAAUCGACUUGAGGAUUGAGGCUGGAUUAGAUAUGCUCUCUAGCUUGAAGUACCUGGAAGUAUUGUGCUUCGCUGGGAUACGGCAGCAGAUGGACGAGAUGGACGUUCGGUGGAUGGUGGAAGCGUGGCCGCGCUUGCGCCGAAUCGAAGGGUCUUUACACCACUUGCCUGAGCGGAGAAAUAAACUAAAGAUGAUCCUGUGGACCCUGAGAGGGGGUUCAAUUGAGGUCUAUGAUGGCGACAGUGAGGAGGAGGAGGAAGAGGAAGAGGAGGAUGAGGAGGAGGAUUGGAGUGAGGGGGAUGAUGAAUAUGAAGUUUGGACUGCGGAGCUUGAUGAGUUCGAGGAUGAGGAGGGCGAUAUGGAUGAAGACGAUAACGACGACAACGAAAAUGUGGAAGGUGACGAAGAGGAAGAAGAAGGAGAUGAGGAGGAUGAGAAAGAUGACAGGGGCUGA